AUGCCAGCUCAAGCUACUCGGAAGGUUGAGGAGGAGGUGGAGGCAAAAGAAGUAGAGCUUUUUGAGGUAUAUGAUGUUGUCCUCUACAUGGGGGUAAUUGAUAUAUUGCAGAACUAUAAUCUGAGAAAGAAAAUUGAGCAUGCAUACAAAUCACUGCAAUUUGACCCUAAGACAAUAUUAGUAGUUGAACCCAAGAUAUACAAGGGAGGACAUGCUAUAAUACACUGGAAAGAGACGCAGCAUUGCUAUUCCCUAGAAGUGGAAACUAAACGAGCUUGGGAUUAUGUGGGAGACAACUAUGUUCAUAGACUUAUUCAAUCCAAAACUGAUGGGAAGUUGGUUGAGCUGAACACUCAGUGUGCACAUGCAGACAAUGGAUGUGGAAGUUGCAGUAGUGAAGAUAAUGCCAUGAAUGAGGCUAUACUUAAUAGCAAACUUGAAGCUAAGGCUAUCAGUCUUAAACACCAGAAGAUUCAGUCCAAGAUUGACAGAUGUAAGAAAGACAAGAAAUUUCUGGAUGAUCUUAAUAAGAAUCUUGUGAAAAAUGAGGACAUUUGGAAAACAAAGAUACUUAGGAUUGAAGAGAGGUAUGCUUUUUUCCGUCAUGAGGCUUACUAUAGUGAUAUUUGUGUUGGAGCAAUUGCAUGCCGGCUGGAGAAGAAGGAAGGUGGGGGGCAAGUUCGGGUUUACAUCAUGACGUUAGGUGUUUUGGCACCUUACCGUGGACUUGGUAUUGAAUUGAAGAUCAAGCAGCUUUCAUUUGAGACAGAAACCGCAAGAAGUGAAGAGGAAGAAAUGACAUCCAAAACACAAGAGCUGAAGCAAGAAGCUGAAAAAUCCAAAGCAGUGGCAAAAGAACUAGAGAAGAAACUAGAGCUUUACCUAAAGCAAGCUGAGGGUGCAAAAGCAUCAAAACAAAGAGCCAUUGAGAAGAUGAAGAUGAACACAUGA